CCUCAUGAAGUCGGGGUGCACCUCCUCUGAAAAGUUCUGUUAAAAUGUGAUUUCAUUUGAGCUGAAUCGUGAGGUUUGUCUAUUGUAACCCGAGAUGGUAGUACACACAUUUCUUGACCGGCAUUUAUGCUCUUUUAUAAACUAUUGAUCAUGUUUGAGAAAACAUUACAUCAUUCAUUUCACAGUCAAUAUCCUUGUACACUAUGCUAACAUCCAACUAAUUGCAUAAAUACAUAUGCAAAAUUUGUGUACAACUAUUUUGUGUAUUGUGUGUGUGUGUGUGUGUGUACUAGUGCAUGUGCACGUUUGGCAAGCGUAGGAUGUAAGAGGCUGGACUGCAGUCAACAUUUCAAAUGUAAGGGGAGGAAAAAUCAAGAGGCUAUCAGAAGAGUCAACACCCGAGGAAGAAGACCACCACUGGUUAUUCUUUGUUGGACAGGAAGAAGAUAGAGAAGUGCAUUUUCAGUGAUGGAGCAGUAGGACCAGACUUCAUACAUCAGCUGAAAGGAGAAUCUGUCAAGGAAUCGUGCCGCGGAACCUUAGGAAGAUUUAGAAACGAUUCCUGGACCACUGACUGUGUAAGAUCUGUCCAGAUGAGAGAGUGGUGCGAAUCCGACAUGACCAUGUGUACUGAUGGUUACCUCCCUGAUGGAUAUGGCAUUACAGAGCCCCUACAGUACUAUGAUGUGCUUGGGGACCCUUUGAGCUACCCUUUCCAGGAGCCAGACCUACAGAGCCUAGCCUUCAGCCAGCAACAGUACAGUCCUGUCAACGUUCCAUUCUCUGUCUAUGGACCCCCAUCCUCCCAUUCCUGCCACCCACACUACACCCACCCUUAUAGCUCCCACUGCCUGGAGGCUCCCAGCGAGCCUGUCCAGGAGCCCAACUGUGGAGGCUUGGUAAAGGGCGAUGGUGUAGAAGGCCUGCCAUUGGUCAAGAGGACCAGGCUGGGCCCUGGAGGGAGGGUCAGGGGCCAGGAUGAGUUGUGUGUUGUGUGUGGAGAUAAAGCAUCUGGCUACCACUACAAUGCCCUCACCUGUGAAGGCUGCAAAGGUUUCUUCCGAAGGAGUGUGACAAAGAAGGCAGUGUAUCGGUGUAAAAGCGGUGGAGGCUGUGAGAUGGACAUGUACAUGCGGAGGAAGUGCCAGGACUGCCGUCUGCGGAAAUGUCGUGCUGUCGGCAUGCUGGCAGAAUGUCUGCUGACGGAGGUGCAGUGCCAGUCUAAGAGGCUGAGGAAAGGUGCCAAGCACAGAAGAGGGUCUGUGGUGGAGGAGACCGUUGAGGGCAGAAGCAUCAGUUCCACCAGCAGGCUUCCUAGACAAGUGGCAUCUACAAAUCUGUCAAGAGAACAGAAACAUGUGCUGGACAGGAUGGUGGAGGCUCAUCGGCAGUACAGGUUGCAAGACACUGCACACUGUAGGGUGUUUGAGUGGACUUGUACAGAGAAUGGGGCAGACACGGCCUCCCCGCCCUCUCAGAGGCUGCUGCAGUUCGCCAAAUGUGUACCUGGCUUUGAACUCCUGAACUGCUCAGACCAGAACACCCUUCUUUCUAGUUCCUCUGUGGAAGUCAUGUUUUUGCUGUCUGCACAGCAGUUCACCCAGAACCCAGCCACCUCUAGCACAGCACCUUUCAACAUCUCAAUUCAUCAUUGGUUGAAGACCUUGGAGUCUACAGAAAACUUUCACAAUGGGCCUAACCCUGUACACUCAGGUGUCAUUGAAGACCUGUUAGGGCCAGUGCUAAACUUCUUCCACAGCAUGGCAGCAUUGGGAGUGACCGAGGCUGAAUAUGCCCUGCUCACUGCCACAGCACUGUUAUGCUCAGCAGAUGAAGUGUCACUGCGGGCAGUGGUUUGUGUAGAGAGCUUACAGGAGCUGAUCCUGGAGCUGCUGUCUAGGGUGUGCAGAGCCCGCUGUGGAGCUCAGGGCCCUCAGGGGGUCCAGCGAUUUGCUCGUUUGCUUGGGAGACUCACAGAGCUGCGCACGCUACGACACAACCACCACACUCUGCUUCAGCGGCCGCUCUGGGACAGACAAUGAGCUUGCUUUAAAUAAUCUAGUUUUUAAGACAUAGUUUUGUAUGUUUUUUUUCGAUUUUGUAACACAAUUGGUAAUCUAUAUAUUUUCACAGACAAAUGGUAUUUAUAAAAUCUAUUUUCGUUUUUUUGUAGAACACAAGUUGAGGUAUGAGAAAGUAUUUUAUUGUACCUUGGCAGUCAUCGGGUUUGUGUGAAAAUGUGUUGUUUUCAGGAUGAAAUGGAAUUAACCACCUGGUCAUAAUGCUUCUCUGGUAGGCCAGAGAAGGAUAAUGUCCUAUUGUGAAAAGUAUAAAUGUACAUCGUUUUACACUUACCUAGGAUGACUGUGUUACACCAUUUGUUCACAGCAAAAAACCUUUACCUUUUUCGUGACACAACUUUUAAGAAAGUAGAAGGUGCCAGGGGCUCCCAAACGGCUCAGUGGCGAAGUUACUUCCUUCCAGUUAAGCUGUGUCAUUGUAGCCAGGAGUUGCAGCAUGCAAACCGGGCCACAAAGCAAGUUGGCUCAGCACCACCUGGCGUUGGAGGGGCUGCUGUCAAAUUGGUUGCUUUGUCCAACAGACUAUAACAUGCAAGGAGGGAGUGGAUUUGCAAAUUAUACCAAAAAGUUAAAUGUCUUACCUGUAAUGAAAUGCUUUCCACACACCAUGUUAUUGUUGAAUCCUUUUAUCUGACUGGCAUGAAGGACAAUCUAGAAUGUGCAUUCUUUCCCUUUAAUGCACAGGUUAUAUGGACUAUAGAAUUACAUCAGGCUAUGAAGUUAUUUUUAACUGCUAAUUUAAAAGCACACUUUACAAGCAUUAUUGAAUUAGAGCAAGCUAGGAUUAUGGUUUGGUUAGCUAACCUAGACAGUUUUUGUUUGGUUAAGAAGGUCAACCAUUGUAGCCAGCUAUUAAACUUGCUAUCUGGUUCAGUAGGUAUAUUAAUACAUUUCUAGAGGCCGAUAAGUUAAAUUAUAACAAUGGUAUGAAAGUGAAAAUGUGUUCUCUGGUAAAUGAGUCAACUCUGUGGAAGUUUUUGCCUCUAAAUGUGCAUAUGUAUUAUGAGUACAGACUCAGAAGUAGCGGUUCCUUGGACUCCAGAUGGUAAGCGUAAGGGUGGGAAGACCCAAAACAACAGAGUUAGAACAUUAAGGAGAUUCAACAACGCUGGCAGAGCUGUGGCACAGCAGAGAUGUUUGCCCAAUACCAACCGCUCAGAGCCUUUAUUGCUGCCCUAUGCAUGUGCCACCACAACACAGAUGAGGGAGUGAAUGACAUGGAAUUUAGCCACCCGAUAACUAAGACAGUUGUGAUUCCAGAUGCAAGUCUGACAUGACAGUUUUACUUCCUAAAGUUGCCCGAGCUUCUGUGGUUACAGCCCUGGGUGUUUUGAGCCCUUUCCAAAAAAGAGAAAAUGUCUGUUUGUUUUACAAGCAGACAUAACUGGAAUAGUGUUGAGAAACAUCCACGACUAGAGCCAAUAUUUUCAAAGCUUGUGCUUCGCGUGCACAAUGCACAGAAAUACAAUUGCAUGACAAACUAUGAAAACAAAAGGCAAACAAAACUACAGUUAAUUACACAAGUAACUAUUUGUCAGUUUACUUGAAAAUUGGAAGUCUGUUACAUCUCCAGAUAUUGCGCUCACGCAAUAAGGCUACAUGUAUCCUAGUCUUAAUCAUAGCCUAGCUACUGAAUAUUAGCAGACAUAUUUCUAUCUUGUUUCAUUCAUCAAUUUGUGGGUCCAUAGUGAAACACUGUCCAGCUUGAGUUAAGUGGUUGGCAUUCCAUGUAGACAUCAUGAAUGGUGGUGUUGUAAAAUGAGAAAGGUUUUAUGAAAAAUCAUUAAGCCCCUAGACUGACAGAGAUAAUAAUCUAAUGUCACAGAAAUCUCCUCAUUCCUUCCAACCUGAAACAUUGGACAACCUAAUUCUUCGACUUGCCUACAAAAUGUCUAAAUAUGUCUCUUGGGAUAGAAAGCUUUUGGCACACACUCCUGGUAUAUCACUGCUUCACCAUCAUACCGUUAGCUAGACAAUCUCUAACGUUCAUAGUUGGUUAGCUACUUACCUGUAAAUGUUGAUCUUUGUUUGCUGCAGGGAUUGUCAGGGGCACUCAUGUGCAAAAUGUGCUACAAAUGGGAGACCCACAGUAGGGGGCAUGGUCAAGCUAACUGAACCAUUGCUUGCUGAAUCUGGGAAUGACUGGUAAUGAGGAGUAAACAUUCAAAUUGGAGCGAGAAGUGAAAAUAUGAAAAAAGAAAUAUCAUUGGAUGUAUUCAAAUGAGGCGAAAACAUGACGUCAGAUCUUCCAAGCAAUAUCAUAACUGGGUUUCAGACUCACUUGAUAUGACUGGAUUUUCAGAUAAGGCUCUACAGACAUAGCAAUGAUAUAAAUGUUUCAUACUUUCGUAAUAUUAAUUACAUCUGCCGUAGUUCAAAUGUUGAUUAAAUCAGUAAAAGUGCAGAAUUGGGUGUAUUAAUUAUAUUACAUCUGUAUGUAUUUGAUCUGUGCAUACAUCAGCAAUGCCAGUAAAGUUAAAGAAAACAGAAAAUGUUUAUCUUAAAAAUAAUGUUCGCUUACAAACAUUAGAUUUCCAAGCUCAGAAUCGAAUUGGCUUUGCAAAAAUAACAUGAUCACAGUGGUAGUAGAUUUAUAUUGAUUGGCAAUUUUUAGAAAUGUUUUAAUCAGGUAGCCUUAUUUCAGAUGUUUAUGUAAAUAAGUAUUAGUUUUUUAUCAUUACAAAACUAUACUCAUAAUCCCACCCACCAAUAAGUAAGUGUCAGAAGUAAAUUUUAAUGUGCACAAAUUUACUUAUAGUGCAUAAAAGUAGUCAAUGUUUAAUAUUUUUUCCCAUAUUCCUAGCACAUAAUGAUUACAAAUUUGGUAGACACAUUUCCAGUUGGUUUUGGUUGGGUUUAAGAUUGUUUUGCAGAAUAGGAAGUGAAUGGUGAUUUGUAUUGUUUCACUAUGAAAUAACUUUUAAUGAACAAGAAUGGAUAUAAGAAUGGUAAUCAAAAAUAAUGAUGAAGAAAGUUAAAUAGGAUAUAAAAAUAUACCCCCCAAAAAGAAUAACCUCUCACCAUUAACAAUAACAUGGGAGCUAAGAUUUUUGUGGUGAGCAUUAUGUUUGUAUCCUUGUACCAUUCUUUUUUUUGUUUCCUUGUCCCAGAAAAUAUGAAGGUUAGUGUAGAGUAGAGAUCUUUUUUGUUUUUAUUGAAUACUGUGGUGAAAGCUGUGACUUGUGAUCAGUUGACUGAAAUGAAUCAUACUUGGCUAGAAAUCUGUAAAACAUACAUUGUAAUAUUGUUAGAUUGUAACGAAUAUGAAAAAAC